CAGUGAAACAGGACAAGUUGACGCAUGUGAGAGCACAGAAAGAGAAUAAACGCAGACAGGCCAUGAACGGGGAGUUUUAUUGAUCUGGUACUGGAAACAAGAAGAGAAGGUGAUGCAGAAGGAGAAGGAGAGAGGAGGAGAUUCAGACUGAUAUCUCUGCUGCAGGGUUUAUUUAUCAGCCUGUGCGGUCACAUUGAAGACGACACGUGUGGAUGCUGAACACAUGUACCCUGAUGACUGCUGACUGGAUGACUGCUGACUGACUGAAUGGCCUCCACACUGGCUGACUGUUCUUGAAUAAGCACAUCUAUCUGCAGUUUAUUGCCCAGGUGGUGGUGGAGGUGAUGUCAGGGGUGGAUGUCUCUGCAGACUGUGACCUCAGCCGACCAGAGGACAUGCUGCAAGAGAACCAGGAGAACAGGACUUUACUGAUGGUGGCAAUGAUUCUACUGGACCUGAACAAAUGCAAACCAGACGGCCCCGCAGACAGCAUGUGUCUCGGGGAGCAGGUGGAGCAGGUGGAGCAGGUGGAGCAGGGAGGCUGCCGGGUGAACGCCGGGGACAGCCGGGGCAAAAGGCCGGCUGCACGGCAGGAGUCUCCAGAGAAGAGACACUGCUGUCCCUUCAGCGGCUGCGGGAAGAUGUACGGAAAGUCGUCCCACCUGAAGGCGCACCUCCGGGUGCACACCGGUGAGCGCCCCUUCGAGUGUACCUGGCCAAACUGUGGCAAGAAGUUCUCCAGAUCAGACGAGCUGACGCGUCACUACCGCACACACACCGGUGACAAGCGCUUCAAUUGUCCAAUGUGUGACAAGUGCUUCAUCAGGAGCGACCACCUGACUAAACAUGCCCGGCGACACGCAGGCUUCCAUCCCAGUAUGCUUCAGGGCUCCAGUGCGGCCAGAAGAUGCCGCUACUCUGUGUCCUUGUCCUCAUCUGACUCUGGAGACCAAAGCCCUGUUGGGCUGUGAGACACACCCACUUACACUACUAUACAUACAGUAUAUACUUAAACAUACACACCCAUGAUACGUGUGGUGUCAGCACCUUUAUCAACUCAACCAGCCAGACCACUAUUCAUAAAGUUUUCUAUGAAUGUAACAAUGUGCAACAGCAAACAGAAACAUACAUUUGAUCCUGACUGUACUCGAUUUAGAACUUGACCUCUCUUAUACCCUAACUUGCUUGGCAUUUGUUAGGGGUUUCACGGUCUGUCACACAGGCUCUAGUUGCUUUGCAACUUGUAAUUAUUUUACUUUGUGUUAUAUGCGUUUUAUCCCCUGGAAGAUUCUGAAAUCCAAGAGGCAUUUGUGUACAUAUAUAGAUUUAAUUAACACUCAGUUCACUUUCCAUCACAGACUUCAUUUGCAGGUGAAGACAAAAACAAGAUAACAAAUCAUUACUUAGAUAUUCCUAGUGGGUUAAUAAGUUUUGGGAAUAGUAUUUAAGUACUCGCCACUCCAGGACAAAGCACUUGUACACUAUAGCAGUGUUAUCAUCUUAAUAGAUUAAACAGAUUAACUUUCAGAUUAACAAUAUACUCUGUAUACUGUAGUUAUUAGAGUUAUAAGACAAAGCUAUAUAAUAGAGAGUUACAGAGCUUGGGUAUUUAAUUUUUAUAUAUUUGGCUAUGGACUAUGAGGUAUACUUUGAGCUUGUAGGUAUAGUUUGUACAGUUGUUUUCUGUGUUGAAACAGUGUCACAUCAUUAUAAAGUUGCAAAUAAUUGACCAUAACCCAUAAGCAAACCGCAGUUUAAUACAUUUAGCCCCCAUCGUUGCUUUUUCAGGCUUGAAUGUCAAUAGUGCAGUGGUAAACAAAACAGGGUAAAGCCUUUAAAAGGUCACUUUUAACUUGCGUUGGAAAGACUUUUAUAUGUUAAGACUCUAAUGACUCAUGUUUAGUUAAAGUUUGUAAACUGUUAACAGGGAGGUCUGUGCCUUUUGAAGGGUUUUGCAGCAGAGAGGAAUUUCUACAUUUUCAACCUUUGAACCUACCUAAAUGAACAUUGACAGAUUAUUUAUGUUUAUAUUCAAUAACACUUUGAAUAUCAAUGACUGUCUUUUAUGCCAACAGUGCCAGUUGCUGUACAUUGAAACUUACUUUUGUUUACUCUGUAUCUGGACUGCAUUUUAUCAGGGAAUAAUGUGAUGAUGCAUGGUAAUUUCAGUCAAUACAUCACCCCCUAGUGGUGAUAUGGAAGCACAACAUUUUUCACAACAAAUAGUCAAACACAUUUUUAUUUUAUUUUAUAUCCUAGCGUUUUGAGGCAGUCUCUGUUGAUUAGUUUGAUGGAGAUUCAAUUAAUUCCAUGUAGCAUGUUUGUAUGUAUUUGUUUGGUACAAUGUGUUUUUUAUUUGUCUGUUAAUAUUUUAGAAUAUUACUAAUGGAAUGAGAGGUCUUUCUUUUUAUACUUGUCACAUGAUGCGUUCAAAUGUCCAGAAAGAGUAGGCUCAUAGGUCACAAACUACAUACAUUUAUAAAGUGAAAUUCUGUAUUUCUUUUCUGGCAUUAUGACAACUGUGAUUAGAUGUUGGUGCCUUUCGGGUUGUAGCCCUUACUCCUGAUGCUACUGCACUGUAAUCAGGGACUGUCAACGCAGACGCCACAAUAUUGCAAUAGACAUAGAUGUGUAAUGAUAACUGCUUAAAAGUUUUAACAUUAAAAUAUUUUUUCUUUCUAAA